AUGUAUGUUUCUAACUCACCUCCCUAUGGGAAUUUGUUUAUCAAUAAGAAAAAAAUACAUAGUUAUGCAAUUUUUAUAAGAUUAAACCAAGGGCUAAGCUUUAAAUAUGACUUUAUUAAAAUGGACAAUAGAAAAUGGGUAUGAAUUGAUCUUGAACUUACAGGGCUCAACAUAAAUAAGGACACAAUCGUAGAAAUCGCAGUUGUUUUAUCAAAUACACAAGGGGAAAAUUUGAUUUAUGGUCCGAACAUCACAAUUCAUGCUGAUGAUUCAGUUUUAGAAGCUAUGGAUCCUUUUGUUAUUAAUAUGCACCAAACAUCAGGUCUCUAUGAAAAUAUCAAAGCUAGCCAUACAACUCUUCACCAAGCUGAAGAGCUGAUAUUUUAUACUAAAAUAAAUGCAGCAGGUAAUUUAAUAUUAAAAUCCUAAUUUGCAUUUAAAAUACAUCAAAGCUACUACUUUUAGCUUAAUUUAUCGCAGUAUAUUGACUUUUUUGCAAGACAAUAACAUUGAGAAUGGAAUAAUUGCCGGAAAUACUGUACACAUGGACCGAUUAUUCCUUAUCAAAGACAUGCCAAGGCUCUUUGAAAGCUGCCUCCACCCCUACAAAAUUCUUGACGUUACAGCAUUCAAAGAAAUAGCAAGAGUUUGAUACCCAGGCCUAAACCCCCACACAAAAGUUGCCCCUCAUAGAGCUUUUGAAGACAUUCUUGGAAGUAUUGAUGAGUUUCUCUACUACAAACAGAAUAUUGUUAAAGAGGCAAUAUAA